CGCCAGGCCGGGGACGCUGUGGCGGCGGCGGCCGUGGCUGUGGGCCGGCAAGCUAGACCAGCGGCUCCCAGAGCCCGAAGCGGACCUGCAGCCGCCGCCGCCAUGGCUGUAAAGGACCCCACGGCUGUGGAGAGAGCAAACUUGCUGAACAUGGCUAAGCUGAGUAUCAAAGGGCUGAUUGAGUCAGCUUUGAGCUUUGGCCGCACCUUGGACUCAGACUACCCCCCUUUGCAGCAGUUCUUUGUGGUCAUGGAGCAUUGCCUGAAGCAUGGACUGAAAGUAAGAAAAUCUUUUCUGAGUUACAACAAAACAAUUUGGGGGCCCUUGGAGCUGGUGGAGAAGCUGUAUCCAGAAGCGGAGGAGAUAGCUGCUAGUGUCAGAGAUUUGCCCGGCCUUAAGACCCCUCUGGGUCGUGCCAGAGCAUGGUUACGAUUGGCCCUCAUGCAAAAGAAAAUGGCUGAUUAUCUGCGCUGCUUGAUAAUUCAAAGAGAUCUCCUAAGUGAAUUCUAUGAAUAUCAUGCCCUGAUGAUGGAAGAAGAAGGAGCAGUUAUCGUUGGGCUUCUGGUAGGCCUGAAUGUGAUCGAUGCUAAUCUAUGUGUAAAGGGAGAAGACCUGGACUCACAAGUUGGGGUAAUUGAUUUUUCUAUGUACUUAAAGAAUGAAGAGGAUAUUGGAAAUAAAGAAAGGAAUGUUCAAAUUGCUGCCAUUUUGGAUCAGAAGAAUUAUGUUGAAGAAUUAAAUAGACAACUGAACAGCACAGUCAGCAGCCUCCAUUCGAGAGUUGAUUCGUUAGAAAAGUCAAACACUAGACUGAUUGAAGAGUUAGCAAUAGCAAAGAACAAUAUCAUUAAACUUCAAGAAGAAAAUCAUCAGUUACGAAGUGAAAAUAAACUGAUUUUAAUGAAAACACAACAACAUUUAGAGGUUACCAAAGUGGACGUGGAGACUGAGCUUCAGACAUACAAACAGUCUCGUCAGGGACUGGACGAGAUGUACAACGAAGCCCGCAGACAGCUCCGAGAAGAAUCCCAGUUACGACAGGAUGUGGAAAAUGAGCUUAUGGUGCAAGUCAGCAUGAAACAUGAAAUCGAGCUUGCCAUGAAGUUGCUGGAAAAAGACAUCCACGAGAAACAAGAUACUCUUAUAGGCCUUCGACAACAACUGGAGGAUGUUAAAGCAAUUAACAUAGAGAUGUAUCAGAAGCUGCAGGGCUCAGAAGAGGGCAUGAAAGAAAAGAAUGAAAUGAUCGGUCGCCUGGAGGAUAAGACCAACAGGAUCACUGCUGCCAUGAAGCAGCUGGAGCAGAGAUUGCAGCAAGCAGAGAAGGCUCAAAUGGAAGCCAAGAAUGAGGAUGAGAAAUAUGAACAAGAGUGUCUGAGUCAGUCUGACAGCCUGCAGAAACAGAUAUCCCGAAAGGAGACACAGCUGGCUCAGUUGGAAACAGAUUUGAAGAUUGAAAAGGAAUGGAGACAAACUUUGCAAGAGGAUCUUCAAAAGGAGAACGAUGCUCUAUCUCAUCUCAGAAAUGAGACACAACAAAUCAUUAGUCUUAAAAAAGAGUUUCUGAGUCUCCAGAAUGAAAAUCAACAGUUGAAAAAAAUAUACCGGGACCAGGAACAAGCCCUUCAAGAACUUGGCAGCAAGCUCAGCGAAUCAAAACUUAAAAUAGAAGAUAUAAAAGAAGCCAACAAGGCAUUACAGGGUCAGGUUUGGCUGAAAGAUGAAGAAGCCACACACUGUAAAUUAUGUGAAACAGAAUUCUCACUUUCUAAAAGAAAGCAUCAUUGUAGAAAUUGUGGGGAAAUUUUUUGUAAUGCCUGCUCUGACAACGAACUGCCUUUGCCUUCAUCACCGAAGCCUGUUCGAGUCUGUGAUUCCUGUCAUGCUUUGCUGAUUCAGAGAUGCUCAUCAAACGUGGCCUAAGACUUGUAAAGUACAUCCUGCCUGGGCUGGUUCAGAAUGUGCAUAUUAGACAUAUGCCUGUUUAAGCUGUCUUCAUCAGUUUCAGAAACUUCUGGCUCAUCCUUGAUAUGCUUCAUGUGUACAUGCUCACAGACCAAAAGUUGUGCCCUAUUAACUCAAACACUACAGAAAUCCUGAUGUAGAUUUUAUACUUUUUAUUUCCAGUACUUUUAAUUUCUGAGUAAAAUGCCUUUGUAAAAUACCUUGUAACUAUCCUUGCAAACAGCAAAUUUUCAACAGACUAGGCACAUUUCCUUUAAUGUUUAUUUAACAGUGAACAUAACUAGACAUAAUUCAUAAUGAGCUGAUAGGGUAACAAAUUUAAUAACCAAGAAAAUGGAGGUCUUUUAAAGGCCACAUAGAUAUACACAGUAACAAGAUUUUUGCCUUAUCUCAGACCUUUCCAAAAUACUGGGCUUGUUAUAUUCUGCCUGAUUCAAAAGAGUUGCUACUUUUUGAUGGUGCCUGCAAUUCUUUUUAAAUGCACUUUAUAAGCUUCAUAGUUCUCAGAAAAAUACUGUGCAUAAGAAAAAAAAUCAAUUUUACAAGCGUUUCUAUUUUACAAACCAAUUAUACCAAGAGCUGGUAUAUAUUUUUUUCAUCACAACACGUACAGGUUGUGAACAAUUGUGAGUUAUGGUUAUAAUAGCAUAUUGGGGCAAUUACUCAUGUUUACUUGCCAACUUCUCAUUCUUCCAAAACAUAUUUAGUUUCAAGUUUUCUUCUACCUACCUUUUAAUAGUAGCUGCUACUGCCAACAGAAGCUUUUUUGUCCAUGGGGAGGGAUUGUUGCACUAGAUCUGUUGGAAGUUAACACACCCAGUUUCACUUUUUUUUUUUUAAACUUCCCUCCCUUGGACUUGGGGGCAGUUCUUUCCCCAGCCAAGUGUCAGGUCUGCAGUUUUCUAUCUUUGACUUGCCAGUCACCCCUACCUUUUUAUGUGAACAUAACAAAGUUCCAAUUUAAGUCAUUAUCAAAGGAGGGCAAUGCUAGGGGAAUCUGAAUUGCAACUAACUUUGCCACUGAUGGCUGUGAAACUCAGUUGCCACUUCCGUAAACAACAUGAGGAUUGCCCAGAUUGACAUAGAACCAAAAUUCUCCCGAGCACCAUUUCUCCUUUCCCCUGUUGGGGUGUUUAGGGGGUUAAUUUAUACAAGUAUUGAGGUAAACCCUAAAAAUGUGUUUAGCAGUAUUAUGUUAAAUACGCUUUAGGUAUUUUUAAUACCAAUACAACUAUUGUAAUCAUUGAGUAUGAAGCAGACUGUUUAUCAUGAAGCUUAUGCUUGAACCAUUUCAGGUCAAAAUACUUUAAGUUGGAAAUGGAGUAUAUACACUAAUCCAUUUGUACUUUAAGCAUGAAAGAAACAUUCAGAAUCAUUUAAAUUGCCGCAUUUAAGAGAGGAUUAAUCAGUAUUUCUAAGGAUGGUUUUAAAUUAUCUUAAUAAAAUUAUGUAAGAAAUGGGAAAGUUUUCUAAUUUAACCAUCUUUUUCUUAAAUAUAUAGAACUCUACUCCAAAACUUCCUUUUACAUUCCUAUUACACUUAUGCAGCUUAGUUCACUAGAGCUGACCUAGUAUUGUGUAAGGUUUGCAGAGCACUUUACAUUUCCACUUGCUAUGACUUUACUAUGGAUUGCAAUGAAUUUACUUUAACAUUAUUGGGAACACUUGAGAAAUAGCGUGAACCCAAAAGACCAAUUCACUUUGGAAGUCCUGCAGUAGACAAAGCUUUUUCUACUUUUUUUAACCUGAAAUGGCAGCUGAGGAGAUACUCAAUUACCAUGAAAAAAGUCCCACAUCUAGUCUAAUCCCAAAGGACAUUUUUAAUGAAGUGCUUUGAGGAGUUCAGUAACAUUUCAAAAUGUUACACAGUAAGUUGCUUCAGGUUCAGCAAGUGAACCUUCAAUUGUCUUGUUAUGGUUGUCACAUUGUGACAUGCUGUAAUUUGCCAAACUUUGACAGAAUUUUUGGUAUCUUCCAACGGAAUUGCUAAAGUAUUCAUCUAUUCAUGUUUACAUACUAAAGUUCAUAAAUCAGGCAACUAAUUCUUAGCUCUUCGUUAUUGCAUGUAUCAUUCUGACCCAGUUAUACAUUUUGGUUUUAUAUACAUUUGUAUUGUGCUUUAAAAAUAUUCUCCCUUGAUGUGAAAAUGAACAAAAUACAAGAUGAUAUAUUUUAGGUAAAUUGCUUGGUCUUCCCUCACUAGAUAAAUUCAUUGCUGUGGCAAACACCACAAAUGUCACACUAAUGUUGUCACAAAGACAAGUAAUCUUUGAAUCUACAAUUGUUCUAACUUUAUAGUGUUUUUUAAUGUGACUUUUUUUGGUAAACGUAAAUAAAGAUAAUACAAAUAGUUUGCUCUAAUGAAACCUUUACUGUCACUGGGUAUUAGGGAACCUUUGUAACAUUUUAUAUCAAAAAAAGUUUUAAGAUGAAAUAGCAUAUAGGUGAAGCAGCAGUUUUGGGGUUCAGGUUUAAAGUCAAGCAGUUCAUGUCUUGAAAAAACCAUAAUCAUUAAUGUAUACAAUUUCUACUUGUUUAUUAUAUAAAAGUUUCUUCACCAGAAUAGUCCCCAAGGGUUUUUAUCUGUGCAAGUAAAAUAGCUUUUCUUUGACAAGGUAAACUGCAUUUAAUUGUAAUUUAGAUGUUGGGAAACUUCUCAGUAGCUGUGAGAAGCUGGGAUUCACCA